ACCGCGAACGGGAAAGUGUGUACCGUCGUGUCCGGGAAUCCGUUUUAAGCCCCCUACCGUUGGUUGCUGCUGCCCCGCCGAAGAUACGCGCGCGCCCCGACAAUGCUGACCAAUCUGGCCAAGCUGUCCGCUGUCCGCGGAGUGUCGCAGUCCGUCACCAAUGGGCUGAAACCAGCCGUCGUCGGUGCUGCCAAAGCGGAAAGCAAAUCGGCCUCUGCCGCAGGUGCGAUCCCCGUCGUUUCGGCCGCAUCCGCAGCUGGCCUUCCGAGCAACAAUGUUCGGGUAGUCUCUGGCGUUACAGGAGCAACACAGAUCCGAUGCGCUCACACCGACAUCCGUGUGCCGGAUUUCUCGGACUACCGUCGCGAUCAGGUCAAGCGCCCGAAUGCGAAAAACGACAGCGCGGAUGAUCGUGCUGCCUUUACGUACCUUCUGGUUGGAGGUGCCGCCGUAUCGACGGCGUACGUCGCCAAAUCGCUCGUGUCGACGUUCGUUUCCUCGAUGAGCGCGUCCGCCGAUGUGUUGGCCAUGUCCAAGAUCGAAAUCAAGCUGGCCGACAUCCCAGAGGGCAAGUCGAUGACGUUCAAGUGGCGCGGUAAGCCACUGUUCAUCCGCCACCGUACCGCACAGGAAAUCGAGGCGGAACAGUCGGUUGCGGUCGCUACCCUGCGUGAUCCCCAGAACGAUACGGAGCGUGUCCAGAAACCAGAAUGGCUCGUCGUUAUCGGUGUGUGCACGCAUCUUGGCUGUGUGCCAAUUGCAAACGCCGGUGACUUUGGUGGCUACUACUGUCCGUGCCACGGUUCCCACUACGAUGCGUCCGGCCGUAUCCGCAAGGGUCCAGCGCCUCUGAACCUGGAAGUGCCGUAUUACGAGUUCCCGGAGGAUGGUCUCCUUGUUGUUGGUUAGAAACCUUCCCAUCCCGCUC